AUGAACAAAAACGGAACAGCUAAAAUGAAUGAUAAUCAAAUAAGAGCCGAAGGUAGAAGGUUAUUUAAACGCUUCUAUAACAUUCCUGAUGGUGUUAAUCCUAAAACUCGUAGAAGUUAUUUAAAUGAAGCCAUAGAUGCAUAUGAAGGAUUUGACAUUUCAUCAGAAAGUGAGAGGUUAGCAAGAAUGUUAAACGUUAAUAUUGAUUUUUAUUAUUGUGACCCUCAACCAGAAGACGUAGACAUUAACAAGGUAGACUUUCCAUUAGUGGAAUCAAUAAUGAUAGAUCCAGAAUUUGAAACAGUAAAUAUUUUAUUAACACAGAGUCCAUGUGGAAAACGUCACGCUGACAGAAUUACAGACGUUGAAGCACUCACAGGAUAUAAAGUUUGCCCCUUUUGCAAAGAAGAAGUAUAUUCUAUCCGUGAUGAUCCAGAAAGGAAAAACCAAAGAAGAUUUUUAAAACAUUGUGAGAAAUGUAAAGAAAAUAAUGGAAGAUUAAUUCAAGACGUUCAAUUGCAAAACACACAACAACCAUAUGCACCACAUAUUACGAAACAGAAGAUAUAUCAGUGGCUAUUAGCACAUAAUUUGCAGGAAUAUUAUAAACCAACAAGAUAUUAUAUUACUUUUGACUUUGAAACAUUAGAGACUAAAGAAGAAUUACAACUUUCUGAGUGUGCAACUUUGAAUGCUUACUUAAAACCAUUCAUGGUAUCAUCAACGGUUAAAUUAAACGAUAAAACAUUUACGAGGAAUUUUUGCUUAACUUCGAGUGAUUCUUUUAUUUCUGAUUGGAUUGAGUUUUUAUUUUCAACCUGUUCAUUAGUUGUUGAAUCAAAUAUGAGUCAAUAUGAAGAAUUAUUGAAGCCGCAAACGGUGGGGGCUUUGUCUCAUACAUUAAAUGAGAAACAAAAGGAAGCAAUGAAAGAGCUUUUAGAUGAAGAAUUUAAUAAAGUGAAUAUCAUUGGUUUUAAUUCGGGAAAGUUUGAUUUAAAUUUAAUUCUUCAUGAUUUAAACACUGCAAAAUGGAAAAUAAAAUCAAUGCUGGGUUCUUCUUCUCAAUUUAAGCAAGUCAUAGUAAAGAAAACAAACUGUCCAUAUGAAUUAAGAUUUAUUGACAUCAGAAAUUAUAUAGCGGGGGGAACAUUAGACCAAUUCACUCAAGAUUUCGGAAACAAUAAAUCACGUGUUAAAUCCUUUUUCCCUUAUCAAUUCAUCACAUGA